CACGCUCUAUCCCCACGGGAUAAGUAUCAACGGUGAUGUCAGGGCACAAGAGAAAGUGUGAUCAUUGGGAAGUAUCCUGCUUAUGUGGUGAAUGUGAUGGAGGUGGGCCAUGUGCAGGCUGCGUUGGGUUUGCGAGACGGUGGGGUUUGUGGGCGAAUAUCAAGAAUGCGGGACAUGGGUCGGAGAGGGGGUAUACAUUACAUCUUGGGUGCAUAUCCCUUUGCAUUAGAGGUGUAUAGUGAGGCUAACUUGACUUUACUUGGUUUGUUUGUCAGUACGGGGUAUAGAAGCUUGUCGAUUUGGACUCAUCAUUUGAAGGGUAUACCAUUUCAUGAGCGGUUUCACGCGGAGCCGUGCGAUGCUCGUAGCGCGGACGGGAAAAGGAAGAGACCCCACAGACAGUGACUGCGGGGGCGGGCGUACAAGAUGGAGAGCUAUUCGCCGCCAUGGCCGGAUACAAUGCCCUUACCAUGUGCGGAACAAACGCUGAUAUUGGGGUCGUGGGAUGAGCGACUCGUGGCGGACACGGCCUGGCCACCGGCAAGUACGGCAUAGGCACCGACAAUAUUCUUGAA